UGAUAUGGUAGUGUUUGACUGAUUUAAGUCUGUACAGCAUUUUAUAGAAAGAUCUGUUUGCAUUAGGUUAAAGUAAAAAGCAAUGGACUUUAUGGUCAUUUAGAGCAUUCAUCCCAACCAGAGACCUUGAGGAAACCAUUACAUGCAGCGCCUCUGAUCCCAACCACAAAAAAAACUGACAAAUAGAAAAAGAGCUUCUUUGAACUUUUUACUGUUGUUUUUUUCAAACAUUUGUUGGAAGCAGCAAGGGGCAGAAGAUCAUUUUUCCAGAAAAGAUCUUACUUUAGCUCAACAAAAGAAAGAAGAUUUUAACGUGAUCAUGGCUGUGGUCAACCAACCAGGCAAAUAUGAAACUUCUGAAUUCCAGACAGGCGUGUUAGAUUGCUGUGAUGACAUUGGAAUUUGCUGCUUUGGCUAUUGGUGCUACUGCUGCCUCGGCUGUUCCAUUGCCAGUGACAUGGGCGAGUGUUGCCUGUGUGGUCUGGGCAUGCCCAUCCGUAGCGUCUACAGGACCAAAUACAACAUCAAGGGCUCCAUGUGUAACGAUUAUAUGAUGGCCAUGUGCUGCCCCGUCUGCACCACCUGCCAGCUGAAGAGAGAUAUCAACCGGCGCAAGGAGCAGGGCAUUUUCUGAAAGAGUAACAGUCUUCUAAAGUUCUAAAAUGUGUUUUACAAAAUAUUAAUGCCAUUGAUGUUCUGAUGGAAAAGCUACUGCUAUCUCUAUAUACUCCAGAUAAAGUGCUGGUGAAGCAUUAACCCAUCCCUUUACUAUAAAAAUGUUGAAUACUUUGAAAAGUAUGGUGCACACCUCAGUGCUGUUUGUUGUAAAAUGAUUACCCUCCUGUGUAUCAGCUGCCCUAGUCACAGGGAAAAUCACAUUAACCUCUUCUAGUCAGUUAAUCAUUAAUCAGCUGCAGCACAGCAUUUCUUUUAUCACUACUGUUCCUUCAGAAUUUGUACUGUUUUAAUAAAAUUGUUUACAUUUUGAA